AUGGCUUCCUCCCCCUCAAACACCACUCUCCCAUCUCUUCCAGAUCCACCCAUCGCCGUCCCCCUCGCUCUCCCAGCCCCACUCCCUCUCCCACCUUCCACUCGCCGCCUUCCUCCUCCUUGCUGGUCCCCCGACGAAACGCUAGCUCUCAUCGAUUCGUAUCGCGACAAAUGGUACUCCCUUGGCCGUGGAAACUUGAAGGCCACUCACUGGCAGGAAGUGGCUGACGCUGUUUCUCAUCGUUGCCCCAAUGCUUCUCCGGCAAAAACUCCGGUUCAAUGCCGGCAUAAGAUGGAGAAGCUGAGAAAGCGUUAUCGCACUGAGAUUCAACGUGCUCGCUCACUUCCUGUCACUCGAUUCAACUCCGCUUGGGUUCACUUUAAACUCAUGGAUUCCAUGGAGAAAGGUCCUUCUCAGGUUAAAUCUGAAAACAACGAUUCAGAUAGCGCCGAUGAUGAUGAUGAAGAAGAUCAAGAACAAGAUCUGUACAUGGAUAUCAAAAACGGUCACGGAUCUAACACUAGAAGCAUCAAUAAAUUAUAUAGGAACGGUUUCGUUGGCGGUAGCGGUGGUGGUGGUGUUGGCGGUGUUGGCGGUAGCGGUGGUGGUGGUGUUGGCGGUGUUGGCGGAGGGUUCAGAAUUAGGUUUCCGAAUGCACAACCUGAAUCAAGAUUUCCUCCUGAUCAGAAGUAUAACCCUAACCUGCAUCACAACUACGGGACUCCGACGCCGCCACCUCCGGUCACAAAUAAGGGUUUAGGUAACAAAAGAGAAAGAGAUCCAUUUGGAGAGGUUGUGUCUGCCAUCAAGGUAUUGGGAGACGGGUUUGUGAGGAUGGAGCAAAUGAAGAUGGAGAUGGCGAGGGAGAUUGAAGCUAUGCGGAUGGAUAUGGAAAUGAAGCGCACUGAGAUGAUUCUCGAAUCUCAGCGGCGAAUUGUGGAGGCAUUUGCCAAAGCUGUUUCCGAUGACAAUAACGGAAGUAACCACAAGAUGAAGCCUGUUAAUAAGAGAAUUCCCUCACCACAACAACAACCAUAA